UCAAUUUUGAAUUUUUUCUAGUAUUGUUAGAUUUUUUAGUUUAAUGGUUUAUAUACCUAAAUUUUCCGCUCUGAAUAUCUAAAUUUAAUUUAAAAUGGCCAAGGAAGUUUCUAUGUGCACGCAAUUGCAACAAUGGAGCCCUGUAAAAGAAACGGCGGGAGCUCCGAGCGUGCCUCCUCAAGUCGGGUACUGCUUUCACUCUCCGAAGAAGCACCCCUGGAGACCUAUCAUGGGUUACGAAGAAAUCGAGGUCACACCUAUGCCAUCUCAACCCAUAACAAACACAAUGGUGGACCCUUGCUACACCCCGACCGGCAUGGCGGCGGAACCGCUGCGCUUUCCCAACCUGGUGACAGGCUUCGACCGCAGUCCCGAGCAUGCGGCCCGCGCUGCGCUGUACACGCGAUACACGCAGUACGAGUGGAACCAGAACAGCAUCAAGAACUACAACGAGUCUGAUGCGAAGAGGAACUUCUCCGAGAGAGUUCGGAACGAUAUCAUGAGGAUGCUGAGAGAGACCGACGAAAUCGGGACUCAGGGACAGAGGGAUUCCGGCCGACGAAUUGGGGAACGAAUUACUGAUACCACAUUUUGGAGAAAUGAGGUGUCGAUAGAAAUGGAGCGUCUAGUGGCGACGUGCGAGAAAUUGAACGAUACUCGGAGGCAGCUGGAGCGAGCUAUCGCGGGGAUAGAAGGCCCGCUGCACAUCGUGCAGGAGUGCCUCUACCAUCGCGAGAAAAGACAGGGUUUGGAACAAGUGCACGAUGCCGUGGAACAGUCGUUACUCAAAGAAGUUGCCAUUUUACGUGAGAGUCAGGAUAAAUUCCGAAAUAUGCUCGAAAAGGUCCGGCAGCAGUCGAAGAACUGUCGCGCGACGCAGAACGAGUUGGAGAUGGAUAUGCGCAACAAGGAAUACGCUCUGGGCAUCGACUCUAUGUGCCAUCAACUCAAUAACUUUUCUAAGGGUCUACAAUUUUACGCGGGAAUCGAGCGUUAUGACCCAACGGUAUGUGAUACGGAACGCUGGGCCGCCGCCAGCGCGGCUACUCUACAAAGAUCCCAGUCCGAGCGAGCUAAGGCCGUGCAGAUGCUGUCUGACGCUGAAAACUUGAUCAAUGUAUCAGCGACGGAGAUUUGGGACCAGUGGAGUAAUACCAACAGCGCGUUCACUCGCCGCAUCGCUGAGACCAUCGAGAUCAAGAACAAGCUGCAACUGCACUUGCACAAGGUUCAACAAGAGAUGUUCGACGUGGAGAAGACGCUGGAACUGCUGAAUAAGGCUAUAGAAGACAAACUUCAACCGAUGAAAGUGGCACACACUCGGCUGCAGGCGCGCACCAACCGACCGCACCUCGAGAAGUGCCGCGACGAGGCACAGAACAGAUUGGUAAAAGAAGUUUGCGAUCUCCAAGAGACAAUGGAAACUCUGCGGUCCAAAAUAGCAACAGCCGAAGGAACUCAUCAGACGUUGUUGGGCGUGCGUGCCGGCCUGGAGGCGGACCUCCGAAACAAGAGCACCACGCUCUUCAUCGACCGCGACCAGUGCAUGGGGCUGCGCAGGGGGUACCCCGUCACGGCGGCGAUCAAAGCCUAAUUAGCCUAUUGGCUAAUGUUGUUAAAUUGUUGUGUUGUAUUAUUUUGUUUGUUUAAAAAUAAAUUUGUUUAUUGUUUUA